AUGUUAGGCCAGGAGGAAACUAAUAACCCACUCCCUCCUGCCGCCGCCCGGAAAAACUAUCUCCGGUCUGUUUCCUGGAGCGACAAUUCGCCGCGCAGGCCGAUCAACAACCCUAGACCUCGUCAGCCCUCGAAUCACAGCAAGGCGAGGUCAUGUCUCCCGCCGCUGCAGCCUUUAUCCAUAACCAGAGCUCCUGCGGAGGAAUGGCCUGGGGCCGGGUCCGACGAUUUGGGAAUCUGGCCUAACCCGCAAACUCCCAGAACCGCCGGCGGCGGCUUCCCAUUGACUCCUCAGCCGGCGUCUAACAACACCAAUCCUCACCAGCCUCACAGAGAAUUCCAGUUCAAGAGAGAAAAAUUGGCCUUCUUCGACAAAGAAUGCUCCAGAAUCGCCGAUCACAUUUACCUCGGAAGCGACGCAGUCGCCAAGAACCGGGAGGUUCUCCGGCAGAACGGAAUCACCCACGUUCUCAACUGUGUAGGAUUCGUCUGCCCUGAGUACUUCAAAAAUGACCUCGUUUAUAAAACCCUCUGGCUGAAGGAUUCCCCUUCCGAAGACAUCACCAGUAUUCUCUACGACGUGUUCGAUUACUUUGAAGAUGUGAGGGAGGAAAGUGGGAAAGUUUUGGUCCAUUGUUGCCAGGGUGUCUCGAGAUCCACCUCUCUGGUCAUAGCUUACCUCAUGUGGAGAGAAAGCCAGAGCUUUGAGGAUGCUUUUCAGUAUGUCAAAGCAGCUCGAGGUGUUACUAAUCCCAACAUGGGUUUCGCUUGCCAGCUUCUUCAGUGCCAGAAGCGUGUUCAUGCUGUUCCGGCUAGCCCUAAUUCGGUCCUUCGUAUGUAUCGAAUGGCUCCUCAUUCACCUUAUGAUCCUCUCCACCUUGUCCCCAAGAUGCUGAGCAAUCCAGGUUUGAAAGGACUAGACUCUCGUGGAGCUUUCAUUGUCCAUGUUCCUAGUACCAUAUUUGUUUGGAUAGGGAAGAAAUGUAGCAGUGUGAUGUGGAAUCUUGCCAGGGUAGCUGCAAACCAGAUGAUUAGAUACGAAAGGGCGAAAGGUCCAUUUGUUUGUGUUCAUGAAGGGGAAGAAGGGAAGGGGUUUUGGGAUGCUCUUGGGACUACUGAUGAUGGUGCUGGCAGUUGCAGUAGUAGUGGUGGUGAUGAAAGGAAAGUUGAUGAGUAUGAUUCAGAAUUUGAGGUCUUUCAUAAGGCGAUUCAUGGGGGAGUGGUGCCACAUUGUUCUGUAUCAAAUGCUGAAGUCGAGACCCACCUUCCUGCAAGAGAGAAUGGGUGGGGGAGGCUUAGAACGAAGUUUGCUAGUGGUAUCAUAAAGGAGUUCCUCAGUCCAUCCAAAAUAGAUGAAGAUUCAGUAAUGCAUGAAGGUGAAGAAGAUGUGGAGGAAAAAGAGAUCCCAUGUAAGGACACAUUGUCUUCACCGUCUCCUUGUGCUUCAUCUGAUUCUUAUUUCUCUUGCUCUCCGGACGCAGCACAGAAACUCGGCUACAAGUCUCCUGCUACAACAUCACCUUCGGCAUCUGAUUAUUCGUCAAGUUCGUUAACCUUUUCGCCCUCAUCUUCCAACUGGUCUGACUUAUCAUCCCAGCAGCCUUCACCUUCUGGUUUAGAAGUUCUUAACUCGCCUACAAAGGUGUUUCCUGUUGAUCUUGAAAAGAGUCACGACUCGUACAAGGAAGAUACUUCACCAUCUAUAGCAGAGCGAGGAGGGAGUAACCCUCCGCUACGCAUAGUAAGUUGUGGGAAAAUUCUGCAGCAGCCCGAAUUGGAUGAUGAUGUGAUGAAGGAUGGUCAUGGGGAGAAUGAUGAAAUGGUUGAUGUUGAUAUGACCAAUGGCACGGAACGUGACAUUUCUGAUAGAGAGGAAGAUGGCAGAGUUGAUAUUAACCCAGUUGUGAUCUAG